AUGGCGUUCUCAGACACCAUUCCUUGCCAGGACACAAAGUACGGUAACGGUGACGAGGCGAAAACCACCGCUUACGACAACAAUGAGGGCCACAGCGACAUCGACUCUCCCGACGGCGGCACGGCUGCUAUGACCGGCUUCGUCCUCGACCACAAGGCGGAACGGGCCCUAUGUCGCAAACUGGAUAUCCGGCUGCUUCCAGUUCUGGCUAUUAUGUUUCUCUUCAACGGCUUGGACAAGGGAAAUCUCAGCAACGCUGCGACCGCGGGAAUGGCAGUCGACCUGAACCUCAAGGGGAACGAGUACAAUAUUUCGCUCGGCAUUUUCUAUAUUCCAUUUGUUCUCACAGCGCCCUUUUUGAGCGUCGCCGGGAAGAAGUUUGGCCCAUCUCGCGUGUUGCCUGCGAUGAUGCUUGUCUUUGGGUUGAUGACGAUUCUUAUGGGUGAGAUAGUCGUCUUCUUUUCUCUGUAUUGUCUACUCUGCCUAUCUCUUCUGGGUCUUUCAUCUGACGUACUUCGUGUUUUAGUUGCCAACCAGAGCUUUGCCGGCAUGGUGGCCCUCCGGUGGUUCCUCGGCAUGGCCGAGUCCGCUUUUCUCCCAUUGAUUGUGUACUAUCUCACGACCUUUUACCGCCGCGGCGAGCUAGCGCGCCGCAUGUCGCUGUUCUAUGCCUCGAGCAACAUCGCCAAUGCAUUCUCGGGUCUCCUCGCCUAUGGCGUGUUCCAUAUCACGAACACGCCGCUGCAGCCCUGGCGCUACCUCUUCCUCAUUGAGGGCUGCGUCACCAUUGUGUUUUCCGUCUUCACUUACUUUUACCUGCCGCUGAACCCGGCCUCAGCGCACUUCCUCUCCGAGGCGGAGCGGACGCUGUCCGAAUACCGAAUCCGCGUCGACUCGUCCGCGGUCGUCAACCAGACAUUUGUCCUGCGCGAUGCCCUCCAGAUUUUUCGCCAGCCAGUGACCUACGCCUUUUUGGCCAUUGAGAUCUGCCUCGGCGUACCUCUGCAGUCCGUGGCCCUCUUUCUGCCCCAGAUCGUCGCCCGCCUCGGCUACUCUGCCGUCAAGACCAACUUGUACACCGUGGCGCCCAACAUCUGCGGCGCUGUCGUCCUCAUUCUCCUGUGCUUCAGCUCGGAUUUCACGCGUCUGCGCGCGCCUUUUAUCCUGAUCGGAUUCGUCUUCACGCUCGUAGGCUUCAUCAUUUAUGCGAGCAUCGACGUGCUCGACAACCUCCACGUUGCUUACUUUGCAACGUUUCUCAUGUGCUGGGGAUCGGGUGCGCCCUCGAUCCUCCUGUGCGCGUGGUAUAACAACAAUACGCCCGAUGAGGGCCGCCGUAUGGCGCUCACUGGCGUCGGUGUACCGCUGGCGAACCUUAUGGGCGUCGUGUCGAGCAACAUCUUCACAGCUAACUCUAAGCCUAAGUACAUCCCUGCACUGGCGACCUCGGCGGCCUUUGGUGCUACAGGGGCUGUGUUGACCAGCGUCUUGUUUCUGUACAUGCUGCUGGACAACAAGAGGCGCGAUCGCAAGCUGGGGCGGAAGCUCGACAUCCAGGAGACACCCACGGAGCUCCUUAAAGACGGCCCCAGUGUGCCCGAAUUCCGUUGGUUUCUGUGA